UUUCUUUUUUAAUUUUUGUCUUAGUAAAAUAAAAUAAAAAAAUAAUAGAAAAAAAGAGCAGAAAUUUAACAGGGAGAAAAUGAGAGUGCUUUUGUGCGUGUGAAAUCAAAUCAAUCUCUCAAUCCAUCGAGAAAGAGAGAGAAAGGGUGUCCGUGCGUGAGAUUUAGAGAGAGAAAAACCGAAGAAAAAGGAAACCACCGAGACGAGAGAGAGAGAGAGCAUUUCUCGAAGUGAAAUCUGUGGUUUUGUUUUCAGUUCUGAUGUUUGAUUAAUCAAGAACUAGUAUUCUAAAUGGAGAUGAUUUCUAGCCGUUGAUGCUGCCUUUUCCAAUCUGAGUAUCAGAUCGAUUCUUCUUCUUUUCUUUUUCUUAAUUAUUUCUGCCAAACGAAGAUUUAGCUUGAAAUGAACGGAGGCGGCAGUGAGGAAGCUGCGGAGGCGGUGCCGGCAGCGCCGGUGCCGCUUGACUGGAAAUUUGCCCAGGUUUUUGGAGAGCGAACGGCUGGUGAAGAAGUACAGGAAGUCGAUAUCAUAUCUGCCAUCGAAUUUGAUAGAACUGGUGACCAUCUUGCUACUGGAGAUCGUGGAGGUCGAGUGGUUUUAUUUGAAAGAACCGACAAGAGAGAUCAUGGUGGAAGUCGGAGAGAUCUAGAGAGGAUGGAUUUUCCAAUUAUCAGGCAUCCUGAAUUCCGUUACAAAACAGAGUUUCAGAGCCAUGAACCUGAGUUUGAUUAUCUGAAGAGCUUGGAAAUUGAGGAGAAGAUCAACAAGAUUAGAUGGUGCCAAGCAGCUAAUGGUGCCCUUUUUCUUCUGUCCACUAAUGACAAAACAAUCAAAUUUUGGAAGGUCCAUGAAAAGAAGGUCAAGAAAAUAUGUGACAUGAAUGUUGAACCUGCAAAAGCUGCUGGAAAUGGUCCUGUUGUAGGUCCAAGCAUACCAACAAGCUCCAAACCAUAUACUGCCAAUGGAGGAUGUUUGGAUAAACCCUUGGGCUUGAGCAAUGACUUUUCUUUCCCACUUGGGGGUGUCCCAUCUCUACACUUACCCGUGGUAUUGACCAGUAGUGAAAUCAGCCUUGUGCCUAGGUGUCGGAGAAUAUAUGCUCAUGCUCAUGACUAUCACAUUAACUCCAUUUCUAACAACAGUGAUGGUGAAACUUUUAUAUCUGCUGACGAUCUGCGAAUAAAUCUUUGGAAUUUGGAAAUCAGCAAUCAGAGUUUCAAUAUUGUUGAUGUAAAGCCUGCAAACAUGGAGGAUCUGACUGAGGUGAUAACUUCAGCAGCAUUUCAUCCUACUCAUUGCAAUAUUCUGGCAUAUAGUAGUUCAAGGGGCUCAAUUCGUUUAGCUGACAUGCGACAGUCAGCUCUAUGUGAUUCUCAUAGCAAAUUGUUUGAGGAGCAAGUGGUGCCUGGUUCAAGGUCCUUCUUCACAGAGAUAAUUGCCUCAAUCUCAGAUAUUAAGUUUGCCAAGGAUGGGAGAUAUAUUCUUAGUCGUGAUUACAUGACUCUAAAGUUGUGGGACAUAAAUAUGGAUUCUGGACCAGUUUCAACCUUCCAAGUUCAUGAAAAUCUUAGACCCAAGCUUUGUGAUCUGUAUGAAAACGAUUCCAUCUUUGACAAAUUCGAGUGUUGUCUGAGUGGAGAUGGACUUCGAGUGGCAACUGGUUCGUACAGCAACCUAUUUCGUGUGUUUGGUUGUUCUGAAGGAAGCACAGAAGCAACAACAUUGGAAGCCAGCAAGAAUCCAAUGAGGAAACAGCUUCAAACCCCGUCAAGGCCUUCUAGAUCUCUGGGCACUCUUUCCCAAGGUUUUAGGCGAGGAGCUGAUACGUCCGGAGUUGAUUCAAAUGGAAAUGCAUUUGAUUUCACAAUGAAGUUGUUGCAUCUAGCGUGGCAUCCAACUGAAAACUCACUUGCCUGUGCUGCUUCAAACAGCCUUUACAUGUAUUAUGCAUGAGGAUGGUCCUGGAUCAUGUAUUUUGGCUGGGCAAAGCUACAGGUGCUGCCUCUUGCAAAGGCUUUGCUGCUGCCUUCUCUCCCAACACAUGUGGAAGCUUCACCAUUUGAUGGAGAUUGAUGUUGCUGUUGUUCAAGUAUCAAGGACGUACUGAGACUUCUGCUCCCAGGCAGGCAUGCGUCACUAAUUAUAUUCUUUCACAAGGAGAGAUGCAGUUCAAUCCUUAUAUAUAUAGAUGUUUUUUGUUUUGUUUUUUUUUUUUCCUGGUUUAGGUCAAAGGAAAUGCAAUCUUAAACAAAUGUUUCUACAUAGUGCUGCAGUGCCGCAAGGUUUUGGACCUAUAGGGUCUUUAAAUCCCAUCUGGGCAAAGGAGCUGUUAGGUUGAAUCAAUUCUCAUUGAUAAAUUGGGCGUCAGGCUUGUGAAAAUUUUGUACCACUAGAACUUAGAACUCCAGGCUUGUGAAAAUUCCAUCAUGAUUAUUGUUAUCCCAUAAUUCUAACCAUUCUUUCUCCUUCA